GGACUGUUUUGUUAGGUACACAACGCAAUGGCGCUACACUGUGGGCAAGCAUGCCGGCAAUAUUUAUUACAUUUAGCGCACGACAAUGUGCACUUCAGACUACCGGAGAUAAAAUCAUUACUAUCCCUUGUGGGUCAGCAGUGUGUUCCAACAGAAACCUUCAACGAAAGGUCACCCUUUUGGCGCCUGCAUGGCCUGUCUGAGGAUGACGUGAGGAGUGUUAUGGCAAGAACAGUUUGUGCCAAGUCUGCAUUUGAGCUUUGGGGUCAUGGAAGAACACUCUCUGAGCUGAAGUCAUCACUCCUGGAGUAUCCCAGAGAACACAUGAUGCCAUUCCUACAACCGGAAUCAACAUACAAGAUUAAUGUCUACACUUUCAACAAGACAUUAUUGUUUCAAGACAGAAUAAAGAGGAUAGAUGCAUUGGAUUUUCUCCUUUUUCAAGGUAAAGUCAAUCUUAAGGAUCCUGAUCACACUUUCUGUUUAUUGGAAGACUAUGGACUGGAUCCCAAUGAUAUUCCUGAGGAGCCUUUAUACAUAUAUUUUGGAAGAUUUAUUGCAGAUGGGCAGAGAGAACUAAUCCGUUCGCACAGUGUAAAGAAGAGGCACUUCAUUGGGAACACCAGCAUGGAUGCAGGCCUUUCUUUUAUAAUGGCCAACCAUGGCAAAGUGAAAGCUCAUGAUUUGGUGUAUGAUCCUUUUGUUGGAACAGGCAGUCUUCUUGUAGCAUGUUCUCACUUUGGAGCUUAUGUGUGUGGGACAGACAUUGAUUAUAACACUAUACAUGGAGUAGGGAAAGCCAGUAGGAAGAAUCAGAAAUGGAGAGGUCCGGAUGAGAAUAUCCGAGCAAACCUCAGGCAGUAUGGGUCGGAGUGCCUUUAUGUGGAUGUCAUGGUCUCUGAUGCCUCAAAACCCGUAUGGAGGAAGGGAGCACUGUUCGACGCCAUUAUUACAGAUCCUCCUUACGGAAUUCGUGAGUCCACAAGGCGGACGGGCUCUCACAAAGAGAUCACAGCUCCUCCUGAGAACUUUGCUGGUGAGAGUCAUGUCCCUGUUUCCAUGGAAUACCAUUUAAGUGACAUCUUUGCAGACCUCCUGAAUUUUGCAGCUCAUCACUUGGUCCUCGGUGGACGUCUGGUUUACUGGCUACCCAUUUACAGACCAGAGUACUGUGAAGAGAUGGUCCCGUUACACCCUUGUCUCACACUCAUCAGCAAUUGUGAGCAGACUCUGUCCAGCCACACGUCCCGAAGGCUCAUCACUAUGGAGAAGACCAAGGAACCCAAGAAUUCAGAUGAGCUAGCACAGUUAGCAGACCCACGCUUCAGUCCGUACCAAGGCCAUAAUUCCUUCAGGGAAAAAUAUUUCAGUGGCAUCACCAAAAAGAAUGGAAAGGGCAACGGAAAAGAACAGCAUCGAACAAAGGAGAAUGAUGGAUGAAGUUUAAGAUUUGAUUUUAGCACAUUUGUACUACAUAAUACUUAAUUAAAAAUUUUUGUAAUUUAAUUUCUACUACUUCUUUUAAAGCAUACAUGUGAUUUCAUUUUAAAAAGCAUGCCUCAACAUUUUUUUUGUGUGUUUUUUUUUUAUUUUUUUUAUCUCACCUCAGGUGAAAGCAAGCCCAAAAGGAUCUGAUGUUAUUUAUUACUGCAUUAUCUCUGAGUAUUUAGAUAAAGUGUGAAAGGGAUUGCAGUAAUCGCUUUCACGUAGCAAAGGCAGCAAUGAUGUAGAGGCAGUUUCACCUACUGUACAUUGUGGGAGGAUGAUGGACUGCUGCUUCCUGUUGUAUGAACUUAGUUAAGAUAUCUGAUUAAUGAAUCGCUUUUGAGUUUACCUCCAAGAAAAUCAUCUGGGAGACUUAUGUUCAACAUAAAUUUGAUCCAUGAACAUUAAGAAAAGCAAUUGUUCUUCUUUGGUUUGACAUAAGUCUUAUAUUAUAAAUCAGAAGGAUGCGCAUCCAAGUGUUUCUCCAAGGAUUGUCUUCAGGUAGAAGUCAUUUUAUAUGGGUUUACAUUACAGAUAGUACAUUCCAACUGUCACCAAAUCUCAUGUGAAAUUUUUCUUGUUGUUAUCAUUGUUAUAAUUUGUUAGUUGCAAGUUUAGCUCAUCUUCGUUGGUGUGAUGGCCAACUGUUGCUUUAAGAAAACCUUUUAAUGACAGCAGAGUGUUAUUAGAAAUGACAGUAGCGUGUAGGAUGAAUUAGCAUGAAUGGAGGAUUGUUUUGUUUUUUUUUUCUUCUUUUUUUCCUCCACCAAACACAAUACUGCUAGUUAUGUAUGUAACUCUGGUUCUGUGAACCCCAGAUAACCUCCAGGCAUGGGGAUGGAUCUUUUCUAGUGAUCUUUCACAUGUAUAUAGAUUAUCCAAUAAAGUCUCUUCAUCACA